GAACACUUCACACUUCCAGAGACACUUUUGGACCUUUUCUGUUUUUUGUGUGGGACGACUUGCGAGAAGCUUUCUGAAGAGACAUGGUGUCGGCCGCCUUCCAGAUUCUGGGCACCGCCCUGUGCAUUAUCGGAUGGAUCGGGGCCAUCGUAGUCUGCGCCCUUCCCCAGUGGAAGGUGACGGCCUUCAUCGGCCAGAACAUCGUCACCGCUCAGACCACCUGGGAGGGCAUCUGGAUGACCUGCGUGGUCCAGAGCACGGGCCAGAUGCAGUGCAAGGUCUACGACUCCAUGCUGGCCCUCUCCUCGGACCUCCAGGCCGCCCGCGCCCUCAUCAUCAUCGCCAUCCUGCUCGGCCUCAUUGGCAUCCUCCUCGCCCUCGCGGGGGGCAAGUGCACCAACUGUGUGGAAGAUGAGUCGUCCAAAACCAAAAUAGGAGUGGCGUCCGGUGUGAUCUUCAUCAUCACCGGUGUUAUGUGCCUCAUCCCUGUGUGCUGGACGGCAAACACCAUCGUUAAUAACUUCUACGACCCGUUAACGAUAGGAUCUCAGAAGAGGGAGCUCGGCGCCGCCCUCUUCAUCGGUUGGGGGGCCGCAGGCAUGCUCAUCCUUGGCGGUGCCCUCCUCUGUGCCAACUGCCCUCCCAAGGACAACUACAACGCCAAGUACAAUGCUGCCCGUCCAAACGCGCCCAAGGACUUUGUCUGAGCGAAUAAGAGCCAAAGAGACUGAGAAAAAAAAAGACUUGAGUCAAAUGCUUUGUGGUCCAUGACAUGGAUUCAUGCUGCAUUUCAAUUUCACAGGGAUUUUAUUGUGCUCACAGUUUAGUUUGAUGCUUUCAUGUUGAUUUACAGCACUUCAAGAUUUGUCUCAUCAGUGCCAAGAUUUGAGACAUUCACCACGCCCAAACCAUGUGGACUGAGUGAUACAGUGCUUAUUCAGUGGAAUGAAAAACAUCUAUACAUAGAUAUAGAUAUAGAUAUAUUUAUAUCUAUAUAUAUAGAUCUAUAUAUAUAUAUUGGGAAUGCAUUUAACUUGUUUGUUUUAUAGAAUUUUUGGUUUCAUCCAUUUGUGCCCUUUUACAUAUAAUUUCAUUUCUAAAUGUGUAUUAUAUA